AUGGCAGCUUUUACGGAGGAGAGCGAAGACGAUUCGGGCGAGGGUAUAGCGGCGGACGACCUUUUCGCUUAUGGCACGCCACCGACACGCAGCGCUCUCAAGCUGGUGCCCAGGACACGCAGCACAGGUGGCAAAUCGGAAGGGAAACGCUCGGGUGUGGGCAAGCCCCACCGCGUGGCAUCGUCCAAGACGUUGGACCCUGCCUCAGCGGUGGUGCGCCAGGGCCGCAACCUGACGGCGGCGCGGCGGGAGUCCAAGGGCCGACGGCAAAAGGCCCGCCAGCAGGCCAGGUCGUACAAGGAAAUUGAUACGAUGCUGGAGGCUCUGGGCAUUGGCACAGCGACCGACCCGGGGGUCAUUCCCUCCGCCAGUGGCGGCGGCGGCAGCACCUCAGGUAUGCCGCCAAGCCCCGUCAGCUCCACGUUAAGUCUGUCGUUGGCGUUUUCAUCCGAGGCUCAGCUCGCAGCGCUUGCCACCCCCACGGCGCUGUCGAGCCGGGCAGGGACGCCGCCUCCGGGGCUUUCCGCGGCCGUGGGCGCGGGCACUGGCCCAGCGACGGCGGCGACGGCAAGAGGAGGAGGCGGCGUGGGCGUAUGGACUUCGGCGACGGCGGUCGCUGGGGCCUUUGGUCGUCGAGUGACGAGCGACUUGUCAUUGAAAUCCUCGGACUUCCCCUCUGGCUACUCCACCCCGGAGCGACGUCCCUCCACGGCCGCUAUGGCGGUGUACCUGGUGGCGGUGCUGGCGGCAGUGGCGCUGCUGUCGGACAGCCGAUGGAUGCUUUGUAAGUUAGGGCAAACAACAGCCCAGCAAGAGAUUACCACUAGAUCGUGUUCCGAGCUCGCAGGGGGGCAGGUGGCGUUUCCUGCCGCUGGUACGUUGCCAAUGUUGUACAUUUUCAUUUACGUGUACGAACGUGACGUCAGCCGGAGCUCUGUAGCAGGGGUAGCGGCGGCGGUGCCGCCGGGGCUUCCGCCCCGCAGCCCCACACCCCCCGCAAUGCAGACCGUUCCCCCGUUUCCCGCUAUCGGGAAUCUACCUGCGACCGUGCCCAUUCACGGACCAUUGCAGCCGCCGGCGGCGGCGGCGGCGGCGACGGCGACGGCGACGGCAGCGAACCAACGGAGGUCUAAUUCUAACAUUAUUGCAACCGCCGCCUCCGCCUCCGCCGCCACCAGCAUUGCCGUACAGCAGAUGGGCCAGCGGCAUCCGCACCGACGCAGCAUCAGCUACGAAGAGGAGGUGGCGGCGGCGGCAAGGCGGGGGCCGGCAGCGGCAUCGGCGGCGGCGGCGGAAGUAACGGCACCGGCGGCGGCGGGGUCCGUGCCGUACCACCAUCCGACGCCCAUACGCAUCGGUUGGGAUGCAGUUCACAUGUCGCCGCCGCUGCCGCUGCCGCCGUUGUCGUCCACGGCGGCACUUGGAGGUGGCGGCGCCGCCGCCAGUACUGCAAUGGUGACCACGGAGGGUUUGCCGGCGUCCCGUUCCUACGGCGCUUUAGCUGACCGGGACGAGUUUCGGCGUCAGCUGGGUUCCGUGUUGGUGGGUCAUGGUUUGAGUUUAGAGGAGUUGGAGGCCCAACUGGUGGAGGUGGAGGAGCGGGGGGAGGCGCUAGAGGCGGCGAUUGGGGUGUUGGUGGAGGAGGGGGAGGGGAUGGAGGCGGAGGCUGGCGCGACGGCGGAGGCGACGGAGGCCGUGGGGGGGCGGAACGGAAGCCGCGAGGGAAGGGGCGGCGAUGACAGCGACGGAGGGACGACGACGACGACGGAGGAGGAGGAGGAGGAGGGCUUGGGAGGCGGCGGCCGCUCCCCUCCUUUCUCUUGGUUGGAGCUUUCUGAGCACGUGAGUUCGUUGGACGAGAUGUACCGCAAAGUGAAAGAUCUACUGAGGAAGGCUAAACCGCUCAGGUCUCACGCAGCAGAGGACCCCGAGCUGCUGCCCCGGCUGCACGACCUCGCGUUGAGGCUGCUGGGGGGGCUGGCGGAGGCGGCGGAGGCGCUGGGGAAGGCUGCGGUGUGCGGGCUGCGCGGGUUGGGGACAGCGGCGAUGCGCGCGGGACCCGCCGCCGCCGCCGCCGCUGCCGCCGCCGCCGCCGCCGGUGGUGGUGGUGGCGCUGCGUUGGGACGGUUGGGAAGUGAGGAGGAUGUUCGCGCUGCCGGCAAGACUGUACGGAGGUUGUUGGACGCCAUCGACCACGUGAGCAAGAAAAUCAGUGACGACCUGGGCGGUAAGGACAGUCCGGAGGCCAGGGGGAUGCUGGACAGAUGCCAGGCGAUUUCCUUGAAGCUUGCCCGUGCGAGUAUCCACGCCGCUGAGACCGCUGCCCCGGUGUUGCUGACCCGGGGGUCGCUGUCACCGCACAGCUUUGUACAUGAGAAGAGCAGUCAGACCGACCGUAUUGCCAAGCGCUACAGCCCGCAACGUCUGUCGCUGUACAGCGAGCUUUGCGACGCGUACGAAAAGGCGGGACUGUUGGCGCUCAAGAUGACCCGUGGGUCGUUCUCGACCCAGCCGGGGAGCCGCGCGGGAAGCGAGACCGGUGGUCCUGGUGUGGAUGAGGCCACGGAAACGACGGAGGACACCAUUUGCGAUGGCGACGGCGAUGGCGACGGGGACGACGGCGACGACCCGGACGGCAUGAUGAGCUUAUCGUCGGGCUUCAACAGUGACUGCAGCCUCGGCAUCAGGGGGGGCCCCCCCAAUGGCGGCAGCGGUGGCGGUGCCUUGGCGGUGACGGCGUGGGGUGGCGGCGCCGCUGGGGCGUGGGGCGGCGGCGCCGGCGCCGGGCGGGGCCGGCGGCGGCGCGUUGUGACGAAGGAGGAGAUUCAGGCUCAAGCCUGGGUGCCGUCGUUGCUGCAGGUGCUCUUAAACCGAGCGUCUGAGGCCCACAGGAAUCUCCGCAACGAGCUUGCCAUGGUGGAUCGCGUAACUGGCGGCGGCGGCGGCGGCGAGGGUGGCGGCGGCGGCGACGAGGCCGCCGGGACGACGGCGGCGGCGGCGGCGGCGGCGAGCCUGGAGAUGAUGCUCUAUGGCUCCGCUGGCGGCUCGGGGUCGUUAGGGGUUGCGGUGGCGUCGUCGUACGAGCUGUCGGACGAGCAACUUGAUGAACUGUGGAUCCUGUUGGACGAGAUGCAGCAAACGUUUGCGGAGCUGUGUUUGGCGAAUCUGAGGCGGACUGUACGGCUGUGUGCAGGCGGCUCCGGUCCGCUGCCGAUGUGGGCGCUGGAGUCUGUUCGCGACGCCGCGGAGGCGGCCCUGCGCUUCAUCCACAGCCACGAGCACUCCUCCCUCGGCCUGGGGGACAUGCUGGACAUGCUGCAAACGGAGGGGGAGCUGUCCGAGGAGACGCAGGGUGGCGCUGCCGUCGCUGCCGUGCCGCCCUCCGCCUCGAAUGGGGGAUUAGCGGCUGGCGGCGGCGGCGGCGGCGGCGCCUAUGGCCGAAGUGGGCCGUUGGCGGUUGGGGGCCCGCCGAGUGGACGACACGCUGCCACACGGGCAGCGCCGGCGUUGCCGUCAGGCCGUUCGCACCAGCCACCGCUGCAACUGCCGUACCAGCAGCAGCAGCAGACGCUGCCGUCCUGGCAGUUGCAGCAGCAGCAGCAAUUACAGCAGCCACUGCAGCCGAUCGCCCGGGGGGUUUCGGGGGGUUGGGGCGGGUUAGAGCUGGGCAUCUCGGGUGGUACGACAGCAUCGGCACAAGGCCCGGAACCGACGGCGCCCUGGCAGUACAGCAGGCCGUACGAUGCUGCUGGUGCUGGUGCUGCAGCUGGGGGUUCCUCAGCCUUCGUUCACGCCGCUGCUGUCGUUGGCGGUCCGUCGGCGCCGACGACGGCCGGCGGCGGCAGCUGGAAGGCGGCUUUGUUGACGGUGCCGCAGCCCUCAUCUGACGCCGCUGCGUCCACGGCCGCCGCCGUCAGUGGCGGAGCCGUACCCCUGCGGACCUCUCGAAGCAGUAUCGACGCUGGGGGUACCGAGCGGCCGCAGCAGCCGGCAGUAGCAUCCGUUGCCGCAGCCACCGCCGGCGGCAAUGGCGCAGUAGCACUGCACAAGUCGUCAUCAUCCGUACGGUUGUCGGCAACGCCGGGGCCCAACAGCGGCGCGCAACGGCGAGUGGCGGCGGCAACGGCAGCAAAGUCGGCGGCCCGUUCGGGGAGAGGUGGUGGUGGCGGCAGAGGACGGCACGCCGGCGGCGGCGGCGGCCGCGGCCACGGCCGACUGUACGGCAGGGGUAGGUCACGGAGUCGUGGAGAGGAGGGACUGGACGCAACGGUGGCUGCGGCGUCACAACCGCCGCCACCGCCGCCUUUGCCGUACAAUGGUCAGGAAGAGAUGCACCGGUCGCAGCCGGACCCGUGGCCGCGUCUGGGCCAGCACGUCGUAACGGACAAUGACGUCAGCGUGGUGAGCGACUGCGGCGCCGACUCAACGGCAGCUGCCGCCGCCACCGCCGCGGCACCCGCUUCGCCACGGCCCAGUUCGCCAAUUGCUCUAGGGCCAUCGUCUCCGCGAUCUCCGCCACAGCUGCAGUCGCCGCCGCAGCAGCCGUCGGCAAUAGCGGGUCCUUCUUGGGCGUCUGUGGCACGGGGCAGUACGGGAGGAACGGCAGCGACGGCGACGGCGGCGGCGGCGGUGGCGGCGGCAGCGACUGGGACCCGGCCGGCAACCACCGGCGGCGCCGGCCCAGGCACUCGCACCGCCGCACUCAAGUCCCCUUUUGAGAUCGGAUCUGGCGCGCAGCGCGCGGCCGCUGCAGCGGCAGCAGCAGCGGCGGCUCCGGGACUUCCUGCUGUCGGCGGCGGCGUUGGCGGCGGCUUCAUCUCGUCGCCUUUUAAAGCUCUGGCCCAGCAACAGUCGUCGGCGUCGUCGCCGCAACGCUCGCCGCCACGUGCCGCCGCGGUGCCGUCGCCCUUCUUGGGUCAGCUACGCCCCGCGUCGCAGUCGGGAUCCGUGCCUCACUCACCGGUAGGGUACGGCGGCAGCGGUGACAGCAGCGGCAGCAACGGAGCAUCCUCGUUCCAGUUCGCUACAGGCCCAGUAGGCCGACCCACCGGCGGCAGCGCCGCCGCCGCCGCCGCCGCUGCUGCUGCUACUACUGCCGUGGGUGGCGGCGGCGGCGGCGCUGCCGGCGGUGGCGGCCAUCGGACUCCUCGCCUAAGCAGCCCCAGCGGUUCGGGUCCCGUCGUACAGGGCUCAACCUGGAGGCCACCUUGCGUCGAUACGGCCACUGCCGCUAUCGGCGGCGCCGCCGCCGCCGCCGCCGCCGCUUCAGGACAUCAGGCGAACGGCUCCCUUGUACUCAACGGCAGCCACCAGCACCACCAGCACCAGCAAAACGGUACGACCACUGCCGUCACCGCCGUCACCUCCGCCACCGCCGGCGCUGCUCCCGUCCAGGCUUCUCGGAGCGCCGGUAUCGUCUCCGCCUUUGCCUCCGCCGCCGCGACGGCGGCUGCGCCAGCUGCUGCGGAAAUGGCGGCGGCCGCCGCGGCUGCCGUACAGAACGCCACGUCGCUGUCGGCGGCGCUGUCGUUUGGUUUGGACAGCCAUAUGGCGAUGCGGCGUCACGGGUCGUACAGCUUGCAAGGGUACGACUCUGUUGGCGGACGUGGCGGUGGCGGCGGCGGCGGCGCGCAGGACGAGAGCUGUUUGUUGGCAGAUCCCGCGGUGAAGGAGCUGUUUCGGAGCAUCGCGCAAGAUCCUUUCUGGAACAUUCGUUGGCGGGAUCUCUCCCACGGCCUGACUCAGGGCUUGAGCAACUUCGUGGGGUCCGGAUCCAUAGGCCAGGUGUUUGCCGGUAUGUACCUCCACGGGGAGGUGGCCAUCAAGGUCAUUGGGAUCAAUCGCGACAUGAAGUACGACUUGCGGGCCCUCCGUGCUUUCAAGCACGAGGUGGAUCUCAACAAGCGACUCAACCAGCACACCAACAUAGUUCGAUUUAUUGGCGUGUGUGCGGAGUACAUUCAGCACGCCGCUCGCCAGGCAGGGCUGCUGGGGGAAUUUUCGGAUCGAGGGGGGCCGGGGCCGGUGGAGGGCCCUAUGCAACACACUGGCACCACCGCGGCCACCACCACCACCACCGGGCCGUCCGGGGUCCUUGGCACUGGGGGGGGACAUCAACCCAUGCUGGCCAUCGUGAUGGAAUACUGCCCUAUGGGAACUCUGUACGACAUGAUUGGGGAGGCCCAACAAGCCUCCCGGGGGCACCGCCGUCGGGGCCACGGAGCGGACUUCCUGCGGCGGUGGGAGCGGAGGUUGGAGGUGCUUCGGGGUGCAGCCGCCGGCCUGGAGUACAUGCACAGCUGUGACGUCAUCCAUCACGACUUCACGUCGUACAACCUCUUACUGGAGGAAAAGGACGGGCGCUGGAUUACCAAGGUUUGCGACUUCAACCUGAGUCGUGUGGUGGCGCGAGGCGGGGGUGCGGGAGCCGCCCUCACCGUCCCUAACUCGCACAACUACUGCAGCCCCCGUUGGCAGUCCCCGGAGUACCUGGCGGGGGAGGACUAUGGCUGGGCCACCGACGUGUUUUCGUUUGCGGUGGUGGUGUGGGAGGUGGUCACCCUGCAGCGGCCCUGGGAGACGGAGCUCCAAGACGCCCGGUUCGAGCCCCUGGCCAUGCACCGGAUGUACUCGGACGGCAAGAGGCUCACCUUCCCGCGACCCGAGGACAUAAAACCGCAACUGCCGGAGCUACCGCAGCUCGUGGCUCUUUGUCAAGCCUGCUGGCGGAAGGACCCUCGAGAGCGACCGUGUAUGGGCGAGGUGGCGGAGGAGAUACUGAGUUUGCUGCAGCCCCGAGUGACGAUCAGUCCGAGCCCCAGUCUAACGCACCACAGUCCCGGGAACAGCCCACGGCGAAAGGGACUUGACGGUGAUGGCGGCAUCGGCGCCGCCGCCACCACAACCGCCGCCGCCGAUGCCGCCGAUGCCGCCAAACCCCGCUGA